AUUGAACUGUGUGGACAAAAUGACUUUUUUUUUUUUAUUUGAUAAUCAUCAAACUUCAUGUAGCUUGUUGAGUAUAACUUGUCAAAACCAAUCGGUAUUAAAUUUUAACGUAGUUUGUUACAUCCAUGUCAGUAUCAAGAGCAUCAUUAAAUUAAUCAGUAUUUCAAUAAAAAAAAAUCUUAACGCAUCUGUUUUCAAUCUUAUAAAUAAAUUCUAGUGAAAAUUUCUCAAAAUGUCUAACCUGAAAGAUUUUUCAUUCAUUGGUGGUUUACAAAAACAUAUUGAAAUUGUAAAAGAAAUGAUUUUAUUUCCUCUUGUUUACGGUGAAUUAUAUUCUAAAUUCAAUUUAAAACCACCAAGGGGAUUGUUGUUUUAUGGCCCACCUGGAACUGGAAAAACACUAGUGGCGAGUGCUUUAGCAAUCGAGUGCAGUAACUCGGAACGAAAAGUUGCAUUUAUAUCACGGAAAGGCUCUGAUUGUCUCAGUAAAUAUGUCGGUGAAAGUGAAAGAAAACUUCGAAAAAUAUUUCAUACUGCUCAACAAACAAAACCCUGUAUUAUUUUUUUUGAUGAAGUUGAUGGAUUAGCUCCAACAAGAUCAAGUCGACAAGAUUUUGUUCAUGCCAGUGUUGUAUCAACUCUUUUAGCACUGAUGGACGGCUUAGAUAAUAACUCAGAGAUAAUUGUCGUUGGUGCAACGAAUAGAUUGGAAGCGAUCGAUCCCGCGUUGAGAAGACCAGGCAGGUUUGAUCGAGAACUAUACUUCCCGCUGCCCUGUUAUAUUGCUAGGAAAGAUAUUUUGUCGGUAAAUCAUAAUAAUUACUUAAGAUUUAUUAUUAACUUGUACUACUGAAAAUAUCUUAUAAACAUAGAAAUAAGUACUUGAAGAACAAAUCGGCACGUUUCAUUACUAUCAGAUCUACAAAAAUUUGAAGGUUAAAUAAAUUGUGAUAUGAAUGUACAUCUAAGUAGAUAUACGGACUUAGUAAUUGUGAUAUCUUUAUAUCUCCUUAUAUGCUCAGAUGUACGUAGAUCAAAAAUGAUUUUUCCUGGGUAGUCAUGAAUAUUUUUAUUCAAACAUAAAAUCUAAAAUGAUCUGACUUGAAUGUCCUUUAAUAAUGCAUAUGACUCAUAUAUGUAAAGAUUGUACAAUAUUCGAUUCGGUGAAAGAUAUUGAAUUAAUAUUUGUCAAUUAAAAUGCUACAAUAAUAAUUGUCUUUUUGACGUUAAAGAAAGUUCUUAGUCUUUUGAUUUUUAGAGAGGACUGUUAAAAAAUAAUAAAUAAAUGUCUCUAAACUAUUUUUUCAUACCUCAAUAGUUUCAUAUGUUCAACCCUAUCAAAAAUCUACUUUUGACUUCAUUCAC